GGCGCCGGGCUUGCCAGCCACACCAUGGCGCGCGGUUUCGCGCCGAGCUUCGACCCUCUGGGCCUGGGAGAGCUCAGCUCCGGCUCUCUGAGCUCCCUGUCCUCCCGAGGCCACCUGGGCAGCGACUCAGGCUCCACCGCAACGCGAUACCUGCUGAGGAAGCAGCAGCGCCUGCUGAAUGGGCCCCCGCGCGGAAUCCGAGCCUCAUCACCCAUGGGCAGAGUGAUCCUCAUCAACUCCCCCAUAGAAGCCAACAGCGACGAGAGCGACGUCAUCCACGCGGUGCACGUGGAGAAGAGCGCGGCGGGGAGGCUGGGCUUCAGCGUGCGGGGCGGCUCCGAGCACGGGCUGGGGAUCUUCGUCAGCAAGGUGGAAGAGGGCAGCAGUGCUGAGCGGGCCGGCCUGUGUGUGGGGGACAAGAUCACCGAGGUGAACGGGCUGAGCCUGGAGAGCACCACGAUGGGCAGCGCCGUGAAAGUGCUGACCAGCAGCAGCCGCCUGCGCAUGACCGUGCGGCGCAUGGGCCGGGUGCCGGGCAUCAAGUUCUCCAAGGAGAAGACCACGUGGGUGGACGUGGUGAACCGGCGGCUGGUGGUGGAGAAGUGCAGCUCGUCACCGUCCGACAGCGGCUCGGAGGACGGCGUGCGGCGCAUCGUCCACCUAUACACGACCUCCGACGACUUCUGCCUGGGCUUCAACAUCCGCGGGGGCAAGGAGUUUGGCCUUGGCAUCUAUGUAUCCAAAGUGGACCACGGUGGCCUGGCCGAGGAGAAUGGCAUCAAAGUGGGGGACCAGGUCCUGGCGGCCAAUGGCGUCCGGUUUGAUGACAUCAGCCACAGCCAGGCGGUGGAGGUACUGAAGGGCCAGACACACAUCAUGCUGACCAUCAAGGAGACUGGCCGGUACCCUGCCUACAAGGAGAUGGUUUCUGAAUACUGUUGGCUGGACCGAUUGAGCAGCGGGGUGCUGCAGCAGCCGGCCCCAGCCUCCGAGAGCAGCUCCAGCAUCUCCUCCUACGCCUCCAGCGUCCCCUACAGCUCUGGCUCCCUGCCCUCCGACCACAUGGACGCCUGCCUGGGGCCCGAGGAGCCCGGCGGCCAGGGCCCAAGCUGGGGCAGGGCAGACACUGCCAUGCAGACGGAGCCGGAGGCGGGCGGCCGUGUGGAGACCUGGUGCAGCGUGCGGCCCACGGUCAUCCUCAGGGACACAGCUAUCCGCGCCGAGGGCCCCCCACCCUCCCGCCAUCCCGACACGGUCCUCCCCGAGUCCCCCAAGACGGCUCUGCUGCUGGCCCUCAGCCGGCCCCGGCCCCCCAUCGCGCGCUCCCGGAGCCAGCUGACCCUGUGGGAGGAGAAGAAGCGGCAGAAGAAGGAGAAGUCAGGGUCCCCUGGGGAGAAGGGGGCUCUGCAGCGCUCCAAGACGCUGAUGAACCUCUUUUUCAAGGGAGGGCGGCAGGGGCAGCCUGCUGGGGACAGGCGCAGAGAGGCCUGGACGCUGGACGGCGGAAGCCCAGCCAAAGCCCGCCCUCGCCUGGACCUGGAGAAAGGGAGCACGGGGCCGGUGCAGAAGUUUGUCACCUGGAGACUGAGGCGCGACCGGGAGAGAGGCCGGGCCCUGUUCUUGGCCAGGUCUGGGAGUCCCUCCAGCCAGCUGCCCAGCAUGGAGGAGCGGGUGCAGGCCUGGGACAGCCGACGGCCCCUUAUCCAGGACCUGGCACGCCGGCUGCUGACUGAGGACGAGGUGCUGGCGGUCACUCGCCACUGCUCCAGGUAUGUGCACGAGGGUGGAGUGGAGGACCUGGUGCGACCCCUGCUGGCCAUUCUGGACAGGCCGGAGAAGCUGCUGCUGCUGAGGGACAUCAGGAGUGUGGUGGCCCCCACGGACCUGGGCCGCUUCGACAGCAUGGUGAUGCCUGUGGAGCUGGAGGCCUUUGAGGCCCUGAGGAGCAGGGCAGUGCGGCCUCCUGCUCUGAGACCAGCGUGGCAGGACACGCCGCCCCGGCGCCACCUCAUCACCCCAGUGCCCGACAGCCGCGGAGGGUUCUACCUGCUGCCUGUGAACGGCUCCCUGGAGGAGGAGGAGGGCGGGGAGCUGAGGGAGUGUCUGGGCCAGCGCAAGGCUUCUGCCAGCACCUCUGCCUCCCUCCACCCUCAUAAAGGCCUCCCCCCUCUCCGAGACGUGCCAGUCGAUGCCUAUGCCCCACACCGAGUGGCAGGCUCACCCCCGCCCCUGCCGCCCCCUGUGGCACCCGGGCCGCCUCAGCCUAACUGGCUGCUCACCGAAGUCCUGAGUCCGGAGGCUGCUGCACAGAGCCAGGGCCGCAGCCGCAGCCGCAGCCGCAGCCGGGGUCGGGGCAAGUCCCCUGCGCGCGGGCGCUCCCCAUCCCCUGCGCCUCACUCCACCCCCAGCGUGGCCAACGGGCGCCACCACAAGCCUCGGAAGGCCAGACCCCCCCUGCCACGACCUCUGGGUGGGCAGGCAGCCAAGGCUGGGCAUGGCAGGACAGCCGAGGGGGCAGCCACGCAGGCCCCUGGCUGGGAGCUGAGGACAGUUACGCUGUCCAAGACAAAGCCGUCCCUGGGCAUCAGCAUUUCAGGAGGCAUCGAGUCCAAGGUGCAGCCCGUGGUGAAAAUAGAGAAGAUCUUCCCAGGGGGCGCGGCCUUCCUCAGCGGGGCACUGCAGGCUGGCUUUGAGCUUGUGGCAGUGGAUGGUGAGAGCCUAGAGCACGUAACCCACCAGCGAGCGGUGGACGCCAUCCGCAGAGCUUACCGCAACAAGGCCCAGGAGCCCAUGGAGCUGGUGGUCAGAGUCCCUGUGCCCGGCCCGCCACCGUCACCCCGGCCCGCCAGCCCUCCCUGACCAGCACCUUCCUGCUGACUGUCCCUGUCCUCCAACCCCUUGAUGCUGCUCUAGCUUCCCUCCUGUUGGCUUCCAGAACCUUCUUCAGAGGCCACGCUCCUCCAGCAGACUGCCCUUUCCCUGACCCUCCAGAUUCCUGACUACCCUGAAUGGAUUGCAGUUCCCCACUGACCCAUGGCCUUUCCCCAUGCUGACCCCACUGUCCGCCUAUGGUCCCCAUAACCUCUUGUGAACCUCCCAGGGGCUCAGGAACCUCAGUCCUGCUUGCCCUGCCUACUGUGAGCCCCAUCCAUGCUGGCACCCCUCCCGGUGGCCAGGAUGGCCCUGCCCUACCAGACAAGCCCGGUGUCCACAGACAGGAGUUAGGGACAGCCUACGUCAGCUGCAUUCACUACUCCCUACACUAAGGGGAGAGGGUCAAGAAACCCCGGUCUGGAGUGAGGACCGGUGGGCGCUUUCUCACGAUGCUGCCCUCCCCGCCUCCCCGCGGCAGAGACGCACUCUUCCGUCCCAGGCAGUAGUCCGUGCGGUGGACAGAAUGGCGAGCCGUUUUCCUUUCUGACUCUGAGAUCACUUCAAGACUUGACCGCCAGGACCUGACAAAGCUGGAUUUCAGCCUCUAAGAUAGGGCAGGGGCGUGGCCAGGAAAGGGGUGGAGCUCACCAAGUUCCCCAGCACGUUUAUCCAGCACUUGUUUAUCCAGCACUUGUUUAUCCAGCACAGUCACUUUAAAAAAAAGUUUUUUUAAUUUUUUCUUUGGGUUUUUACAAGAAAUUUACAGUGUGAAAAAUAUACACGUGAAAACGAGGCCAUAAAUCUGGGUACUGGGAGGGGCUGCUUGGUCACAAACACAAAUAAACAAGACAUCUCUGA